AUGAGAGUUCACACUGCAGAGAGACCUUUCACUUGCGCUCAGUGUGGAAAGAGUUUUGCUGAAAAACAAAACAUGAAAGUCCACAUGAGAGUUCACACUGGAGAGAAGCCUUUCACUUGCACUCAGUGUGGACACAGUUUUACAUGUAAUCAAAGCCUUAAAGCCCACAUGAGAAUUCACACCGGAGAGAAGCCUUUCACCUGCCCUCAAUGUGGAAGGAAUUUUACUAAAAAACACAACAUGAAAGUCCACAUGAGAGUUCACACUGCAGAGAGACCUUUCACUUGCACUCAGUGUGGGGACAGUUUUAUAAGUAAAGAAAGCCUUAAUUCCCAUAUGAGAAUUCACACCGGAGAGAAGCCUUUCAUCUGCCCUCAUUGUGGAAGGAGUUUUGCUGAAAAACAAAACAUGAAAGUCCACAUGAGAGUUCACACUGGAGAGAAGCCUUUCACUUGCACUCAGUGUGGGGACAGUUUUACAUGUAAUCAAAGCCUUAAAGCCCACAUGAGAAUUCACACCAGAGAGAAGCCUUUCACCUGCCCUCAUUGUGGAAGGAGUUUUGCUAAAAAACACAACAUGAAAGUCCACACGAGAGUUCACACUGGAGAGAGACCUUACAUGUCGUCUUUGUGAUAGGUGAAACUCUCCUCACACCAAAGGCCUGAAACAUAAUUUGCAAACUCAUUCUUGAAAGCAACUGCAGUGUUCCUCAGUGUAGUAAGAGGGUUAUAAGAUAAAGCGUUUUUUUUUUGUUGUUAAAUAUAUUUCUGUUGUUACUGGUAAUGAAAUCCCUUAUUUUCAUCUUUACAAUAAUACAUACCAACAUUGUGUAGUGUGAAACUUUAAUUAGAAUAGUGGCAGCAGCUUUUCACAUCCUGCAUAGUUACAAGUUAACAUGGGCAUCAGUUAAACUGGCAAAACUUUAACCUCUGGAAGACCAACUCACAACCACUGGCAGAGCCAGACAUUGACAUCUCAUUUCACCUCUUUUUGAAAUAUCUUUUUUUUUUAUCCCAGGGUGGAAAUCCCAUAAGCAAUUUCACUUGACGAAUCAGAAUCAGAAUGAGCUUUAUUGGCAGACACCAUCAACGGAGACAGAAUGGCGGACAAUAGCCCAGGACUUUGAAAGGAAAUGGCAGUUUCCACAUUGCCUUGGGGCACUUGAUGGCAAGCACCUUCACAUACAGCCUCCAAAAAAAAGUGGCAGUCUUUACCACAAUUACAAGGGCAGGUUCUCUGUAAUAAUGAUGGCUGCAGUAGAUGCGAACUACAAGUUCAUCUAUGCAAGUGUGGGUAGCCAAGGUAGGGUUUCAGAUGCUGGACUGUUUGCACACUCUGACUUGCGCAAAGCAAUGGACCAGGGCCUACUGAACUUUCCUCCACCUGAGCCUUUGCCCAGCUCUGACAUGAUGCCCUACAUGUUUGUGGGUGAUGAGGCAUAUCCCUUAAGGCUUAAGGCAUGACCUCAUGAAGCCUUAUCCAUUCAGGCAGAUGGAGCACAGUCAAAGAGUCCUGAACUACCGUCUCUCUAGGGCACGAUGAGUGGUAGAGAAUGCAUUUGGCAUUCUUGCCAACAGGUUGAGCGUUUUCAGGUCGACCAUAUGCUUGGAGCCAGACAAGGUGGUGAAGAUAACAAUGGCCUCCCUGUGCAUCCACAACUUCCUCUGUGAGCGCAGGUCAGAGGCAUAUACACCUCCAGUCUUUACAGACUGGGAGAAUGCUGACCACAACAUGGUUGAUGGAGUCUGGAGGAAUCAUGGGAUGGGGGCUUUUCUGCCGGUGGAGCAUAGAACACACCGCAAUGCAACUAUACCAGCAAAAAUGCAACGAAAAACUAUUUUGUCUCACCGGCAGGUAGCAUUCCUUGGCAAGAGCAACACGCUUAGAAAAGUAAAA